UCAUUGCUGAAUGUUCGAUAACAUUAAUGUGAUGCAGGUAUUGGACAGCAAAUAUGCCUUGCACUGGUCAGACGAGGCUGUACGCGACUCUUCAUGGUCGACCUGGCCGAGGCUGGCUUGCAACAAACCGAGAAGAUGGUUUCGGAAAUCUCAGCACAUGUCAACACGACAAUCCACAAGGCCGAUGUCAGCGACGAGGCCAGCGUCAAGGCCAUGAUCAGCAAGUGCAUCGAGGUGUACGGCCGCUUGGAAUUUGUCUGCAACAAUGCGGGUAUCGCCAUGUCUAAUAUCCCUACGACGGAAAUAGACUUGAAGACCUUUGACAGAAUACACAAUGUCAACUUCAAAGGGGUCUACUUGUGUCAGAAGCACGAGAUUGCAGCGAUGCUGAAGCAGUCGCCUCUACCAGACGCCCCCCGAGCUGCGCGAGGAUCAAUCGUGAAUACUGCAUCGUUAUCCGGCGUCGCCACACUGGGUGGAUUUUCGGCGUAUCACAGCGCCAAACAUGCCGUCGUCAGUAUGACCAGGACCGAGGCUCGCGAGUAUGGAGGCCAGGGCAUCCGGAUCAACUGUGUGUGUCCGGGGGUGGUCGACACACCCUUGUUGCGAGGCACGCCGCUUUCCAAAGAGUUCAUCGAAGCUUGCGAAGCGCAAUGUCCGAUGAAUCGACUGAUCGACCCGGCAGAAAUAGCUGACGGGGUGGCUUUUCUUCACGGUGCGGGUGCUUCGGCGGUGACUGGAAUACAUCUUCCGAUUGAUGGUGGUGCUCUGCUGUUCCACGUCGUUUAGAAUGUCUCGAGAACAUGACGGGGUUCAUGCGUGCCCUAGAGGUUGCAGAUCUGUCAGACACACGUUCUUCCAAUUCCUAUGGUAGCGGCUAUAUUUCAGGAAAGGCUGGCAACAGAUGGUGGAUGGAAGAUGCAAAAGCCCUCGGUAAUGCUGUCUGUCGGCAACAUCAACGCUGGAAGAA